GCCAGAAACACCACUGUAGCCCCCACCAAUGGCACCACAGCACUUCCCAGGGCCUUCCUCAGGAGGUUGAUUCAAGCAGGGUAUCGCGUGGUGCCACCUGCCAAGUAUGGUGGACCACCAGACCAAGCCAUGGGGGCCAGAAACACCACUGUAGCCCCCACCAAUGGCACCACAGCACUUCCCAGGGCCUUCCUCAGGAGGUUGAUUCAAGCAGGGUAUCGCGUGGUGCCACCUGCCAAGUAUGGUGGACCACCAGACCAAGCCAUGGGUCUCCCUGGAGUGAGAAGCUUUGGUGGGAUGCCACAAAGGUUCCCUGCUGGGUACCCUCAACCAUGGGGACCAGUUGCAGGAGCCCCAGCACCAGCACCAUAUCCACCACCACCACCAUUCCUACCAGCAGCACCAUUCCCACCAUCAUUCAGGCAAAGACCCAAUGUGCCUCAGCACCCAGGUUUUGGUGGUAUGCCUCAAAGGAUGCCUGUACCUCAUCAUAUGAUGGCUCCUCCUGCUCAGAUGCCAAUGAGGGGUUACCCUCCACCAGCUCCUGCCAUUGGGUACCCUCAACCUCAUAGGUUUCCUCCAAUGAUGCAAUAUCCUCCAAGACAAUACAGGCACCUGGAACAGGAAUACAUGCAAAUGAAACCCAGAGAAAGGAAAGUUGCUGAAGAAGGUCGAGUGGUCCUGUUCCCUAAGAAACGGAAGGCCAGAGGUUCCUGUGAGGCUUUGCCAGGUGGGUGUCUCCCAGUGUGCACAGCAGACCCAUGUGCAACCCAAAGUGCAGAAGUUGACAACCCCUGUGGGGAACUUCCACUUUGCACUCCAUGGACUGGCACUUCAUCCACUUCCCCCAAGCCUACAACCACUCAAGCUGUAGAGGCCCUGAGAAGGUUAUUGAAAGCAGGAUUCAAAAUCUUGCCACCAGAGGCCCCAGGAGUUGGAGGAUACCCCAGACAGUACAACCCCUAUGGCAACUACCCCAUGAACUACCCAGCCAUGUAUGGAGGCUAUCCUCAACCUUAUCAAAAUUACCAAAUGCCCAGGAUUUACCAGCCUCCAAGACCACAGCAGCAGCAGCAGAAGGUGGCCAAUAAGCGCCCUGGUGGUGCACCAGUGGCGCAGAAGGCACCAUCACCUGCAAUGAUGCCACAACAGUACCCAAACUACCCUAGGCAAGGAUUUGCCAACCUUGGAAACUACCAAAGGGCAGCACCUGGGCCCUUUGUGUUUUUCCUGGCUGUGUUUUUGGCAGCCAUGCUGAUGGUCUGCACUGCUGAGCAAGACUCCCUGGAGCCAGUGUCUCCAUCUCUGGAUGAAUGGCCUCACAUUUGGGGUGGUCCUUAUUGGUACCCUCCUUACCAAUAUUUUCCCUAUCCUGCAGGGCUUCAAGUGGAGUCUAGGGAAGGAGGGCAUGGUAUGGAACCUGGACCCAAUUGGAAACCCAAGAGGACCAAAGGAAGAAUCAUGCACCAACACUGGUUGAAGAUCAUGCAAGGCAAAGCUGGAGGUGGCAGAUACAACAAAGUGCCAAAUGACACCUCAUUGCCUGAAUCUUCCAGAUAUGGUUUUGUGGGAUAA